GUACCCCAAAGUACAAUGUUCCAAAUUUUUAAUGCAAUGGUCUAAAAAGUGGCAAUAACAUUGUGCAAUAAUUUGUAUGUGUCAUAUGACUUUCGGACAAUAUUCUGUAUAGCUAAAGUAAUAUCAUCAUUGCCAGUAUUAAGACCAUUACAGCAAAUGAAAUAUUCCAUGUCACUGCAAUGGUUAUUUGUUUAGUAGAUGCCCUUACUGAAUGGCUCAUCCACAUGGCUUGCACUAUGCACAUUAGUUAUAUAGUUGGACAUGUAUGGAAAAAUGUGGAUAAGAAGCCUCAAUCGUGCAACAGCAGUGUCCGACCAUGGAGUCUCAUCUGCCACCUUUCUAUACAUUUUUCUACAUUUAGCUGCCUCACCAUCAGUUUGGAAUGUAGUCAUUUAAUAUUAAGUUAAUCCUCAAGUGAUUGAGGAUGUAGACAUUCAAGCAGACAUACAGUAUUGCAUGGACUUUGGUGAUUUAACUUGUUGUGGAAUCCAGGAAUCAUGCUCUCUGAGCCAGCAGACAAUAUCUUAUUACUGCACUAUAAGAGUCUUAUGAAGUAAUUGGCUUUAAAGGACAAAUUACUCAACCUAGCCACAUGCAAUUAAGAGCUGCUCAUUCCCAACAUAUAAAUAAAAAUACUUUCAUUUGCUGUGUUCAUAACAUUUUCAUCAUCUCUUUUAAAAUUUGUUCAUAAAGUUUGUGAUCUAAGCUUGAAGGAAUAAUGGUGAAAAUGGGAAAACUAGUCUCGCAGUAAAAAAAGUUUCAAUAAGAGAAUUGGACCGAAGUUGGGAAGGAGAGCUUAGAUGUAGCUAAAUGACUUAAUUGGAUAAAGGAGUGUGAUAUAAUUAGAGAAGUGAUCGUAUCAAGAAAAGGUACCUUCCGGCCAAGGCAUUCAGAAUCCUCUGUUCUCAGGAACUCAGCUUACAAGGUGACGUCAGGCGACGAACAUCAACGUAUAUAUAUCACUGCACAAGUUCUGAAAAACAUCUACUGGUAAGCCAGACGAAACAGACAAGUUUUGAUGACCAUUUUUGAUCCAAUAUACAUGUGCAUUGGGGAAACUUGACAUGUUGGCAUCAAGAGCUUUGCUAGCGAAGCGGGUGGCGUCUGUCCUGAUCCACCAGCCUGCCUGCCUGGCACACCAUGGUGGGGACUGGGGCAACUGGGGUAAUACCAACAUCGCAGUGGUGCUCUCAGGGUGUGGUUGGUGGGAUGGCACUGACAUCCAUGAGGCUGCAUUCACGAUGUAUCACUUGAGCCGCAAUGGCGCACAGUUUCAGAUUUUCGCCCCAAACCAACAACAAAUGCAGGUGAUGGAUCACAUGAAGCAGCAGCCUGCUGGGGAGAACAGAAACAUGAUGGUGGAGGCUGCUCGUUUCAGCCACGGCCAGGGAAGGAUGCAAAUGCAAGACCUGUCCAGGCUGGACGUCAACAGCUUUGAUGCCGUCAUCUUUCCUGGGGGACAUGGAGUGACCAAAAACCUGUCCACCUUCAACAAGGAUGGUAAGGACUGCAAGCUGAACAAUGAUGUGGAGAGAAUCCUGAAGGAGUUCCACCGAUCCCACAAGCCCAUUGGCCUGGCUAGCAUGGCCCCCUUGCUGGCUUGCCGUGUUCUGCCCAGCCUGGAGGUUACCAUGGGCUACGAGCGGGACGAGAACAGCCGUUGGGGCCGCUGGCCAAACACCAACAUGGUGCAGGCCGUCAAGAGCAUGGGUGCCCGCCACAACGUCCGUGAGCCUUACGAAGCUUAUGUGGAUGAGAAGAACAAGGUCAUCAGCACCCCCACUUUCAUGUGGGAGACAGACUACCACUACCACUACAUCUUCGAUGGCAUUGGCAACAUGGUCAAGCAUGUCAUGCGUAUGGUUGCCAAGUGAACCCAUGCACCAGAGGUCAGGCUGUGAAGCAUGGUCAUUUUGAGGGGAGAGGAGCUCUUACAUUAGUUUCCUUUUGAAUGUCUAAAAGGGGAAACCUAAUGCUUAACCUGAAUAAACAGGCAGAUCCAAAUAAACUUAAGAAAGCA